CAGAAUGAGACGAUCAAUGGAAGCAUCCAUAUAAAUAUCCCAGUCGUUAGAUGGUCCACAGAGCGAACCUCGUGCCAGAUUUCCUUUAUAUUUACCAAAGAAACAGUUUAGAAGAUAGUUUAAAGAUGACUUUCUCGAUACCAACGAAAUACCAAAAGCAAGGAAAAUUCUUGGCGGUUUUGAUAGUCUGCACGCUGGCAGUGAGGACAUUGGCAGACUCGGACAUCUCCACACAAAAGGUAAUGAAGGAUGACGUCACCAAACUGACCGCAGCGGAAAUAAACAAUGAAAUCGAAACCCAGCUGAUGACCCUGCGAGCUGUACUGGGCAACAUCUCCAAGAAGAUCAGGCAGCUGGAGCUAGAGAAGGAGGUUCUGUCCAGUAAAAAACGUAACCUCUACAAUAUGUGCAUCUUCAGCGUCAUCACGUGCUAUCGCUAGAUGGGCCGACUAGUCUGGCUCAAGAUGGGCCGGCAAGUCCGGCUCAAGAUGGGCCGUCAAGUCUAUUUAUUAAGGACCAAAAAAUUGGCCACCCAGAAACCAAAAUGCAAUUUAGUUAUUAAAAACGUUAUUUU